GACGGAUGGCUCAGAUGGCGCUGGGUAGACGGCCAGUUCAGGCAUCGCUGUGCAGACGGCAGACUCUGGCCGGCUGAAGCGCACAUUAGGCCUAGUGCGUGGUGCCGGAACUGGUGAUACCGGGCUGGGGACACGCAUCUCAGGGCUAGUGCGGGGAGAAGGAACAGGGCAUACUGGACCCUGGGAGCGCACAUUAGGCCUAGUGCGUGGUGCCGGAACUGGUGGUACCGGGCUGGGGACACGCAUCUCAGGGCUAGUGCGGGGAGAAGGAACAGGGCAUACUGGACCCUGGGAGCGCACAUUAGGCCUAGUGCGUGGUGCCGGAACUGGUGGUACCGGGCUGGGGACACGCAUCUCAGGGCUAGUGCGGGGAGCAGCAACAGGACGCACAGGACUCUGGGUACACACAGGAGGCUUGGGGCGUGAUUUAGGCACUGGUGGUAAAGGGCUGGAGACACGCACCAUAGGGCUAGUGCGUGGAGGAGGCACUGGUUGUACUGGGCUGGGGACUGUCACAGGAGAGUUAGUACAUGGGGCUAAUAUAGGAGGUGCAGGACUAGGGAGGCGUACAGGAGGCCUGGUUCGUGGGACUGUCAUUCCCAGACGGUUAGCACGCACAUCAGGACGAGCAUGGAGAGCUGACUCAGGUAACCUCACAUCCCGCACACGCUCUGUCGGGUGGAUGUUGUGCCUCACGCACCAACACAGCAGCUCCCUCAUUUCACUCUCUUCCAACCUCCCCAAUAAAUCCUUAACAGUCUCUGCAUCAUUCCCAUUGCUCACCUCCAAUAUCAGCCCGACUGGCUCAGGUUCCCUCUUAGAGUCGUCACGGGUAGCACGGGAAGUUGACGCAGUUCUCCCAUCUGGACUCGCCACACUCCCCAUGAGCCCCUCCCCAAGAAAUUUUUGGGUAUUACUCACGGGUCUCCAGCCUUGCUUCCGUGCUGCCUCCUAAUAUCGCCUCCUCUCGGCUUUCGCUGCCUCCAGCUCUUCACGAGGGAGGCGAUAUUCUCCCGGUUGUGCCCACGGCCCCUUACCAUCCAGUAUCUCCUCCCAUGUCCAAGAAUCCUGUGUAGGUGGGUCCUGUUGCCGCUUUACAUGCCGCUUGGUCCUGUAGCGGUGGGUAAUUCUGUCACGAUCGUGUGGAGGAUUGACGGACCAAAACGCAGCAUUUGGAAAAUACGCCAUCUCUUUUAUUGAUGACGAAUGCAAAAACGAAACAAAAACACUUACACACUAAACAAAACAAUAAACGAUCGUGAAGCUAAUCAAACGUAGGGCACACACAGGCUACAAACGUAUAACAUAGACAAUUACCCACAAUCAAAUGAAAGCCUAUGGCUACCCUAAAUAUGGCUCCCAAUCAGAGACAACAGAAAUCAGCUGUCUCUAAUUGGGAACUCAUUCAGGCAACCAUAGACUCUCCUAGACAACUAAACCAACAUAGACACAGCUAGACACAUGCACUCAACACAAACCCAUACACUACACCCAACACCCCCUUUACCAUAUAAUCACCCAAAACCGACAAAACACAAACAAUCCCCAUGUCACACCCUGACCUAACUAAAAUAAUAAAGAAAACAAAUAAUACUAAGGCCAGGGCGUGACAAUAAUAUUUAUAGAGCUGUUAUCUUCCGAAUAAACUCUUAAAGAUUUAGUAAUAUUUUACAUCCAUAGCAGUCACAUAAAUCGUCAGUUUAUUCAGUCUCAUCUGAAAGUUAUAAGUCCUUGGUUAUCUGCAAGAAUCCUGGCUAACAAGUUGAAUCAGCAAUACAAAAUUGGGUUUAAUUAUUUAUUUACUAAAUACCUAACUAAUCACACAGAAACACACAUACACAAUUAAAUCAUAACUUGAUUACAAAGUGCCGUCAUACAGAAAACGUCCCUAGCGGGCGGAAUAGACAUGACAGCUUGUUACACAAAGGAAAGGGGGACGCUGGGUUUUAGUGAAAGAGCGGGAGACUGGAACAGAGGCGAAGCUGUGCUAUCGUAAAUACAGUAUCUUAUGCAUUCUAAAUUACCGCUCAUUUGAAAAGGAAAAUGCAAUAAAUAUUUACUCUGAACUGCGCUUCAGUAGGUUGGUGGUAGAUGGACCGUGUCGCCAACCCGAGUCCUCUGUCCUUUGAAAAAUGUCUCUGGUAGUCACUGGAUACAUUGGAGUAACGUUGUGUGUAGUAGACGGGAUACUCGGACUGUCCUUCCUAACCUGCGUUUGUAGCAACUGUUGCUAACUCAACGGCUAGGAGAUGUCACUUCUGUAGUGAAUACGAGUUCAAAGUUCAUACCAUUCACAAUCAAAGUCCAUGCUGCUGUUGGCUUAGUUCUGUAGUUAUUAUCUGAACCAUUCUGACACCGGAUCGUCAUCCUGGUGUGCCCGGAACAGAAAGUUAUAUUCUUGUCAAUGGCUUUUAUAGUGGAGGGAGAGGGGUGUGUCUGAAAAGUUUAUAACCCAUGCCUCUUCACAGGGGCGGGCCACUGUGAGCAGAGGAAAACUUAUGAAAGCCCAGAUCUCUCAUUUGGAAGCAAAAAUUACAUUUCACCUCUUCACAAAUAAUGUCAUAUUCAAACAUUUGAAUUAAACAACAAUUCCAUGUGAAUCCGAUACCUCUGACGUUUAGACUUUCCACAGUAGAGUUUAUGUCAUUCUAUCAUUGAUGAGAAUGUGUCAAAGGGCAACCGAACUGACAUAAUAUACCUUAAGUACCACCGCAUAUGUUCAGUUGGUUGGAUUACCAGAAUAUAGUUCAUUUCCCCCCACUUCUGAUGUUCCCAGAAUCUCUAUGUUAACCAAGGGGUUUUCUUAUGUCACACCAGUUAGUAGUAGGGAGAGAGAAAAAGGGGGAAAGAGGUAUUUAUGACUGUCAUAAACCUACCCCCACUGCCAACGUCAUGACACUAUCAUACUCGAAUUCCACUGAUUUCAAAACUCGGUCCUCCAGAAAGUGAAGAGCAUACACGUAACGUUAGCUAGCGAGCCAGCCAGCUAACAUUAGCUAGCUAACAGUACACUAUAACUUGACAUUAGGUUUAUGCCAUUUUACUACACGAUACAUUUUUUAAAAAAAGCUGCGUUAGGCAGGAUUACCUAAACACAGAUUUAAAAAAAGUUAAUGUGCAAAUGGCUCUCCUGUGAAGUAGUGACCCGCGACAUACACCUAGUUUCCUGAAACGGGUCACAUAUACAGUGUAUGCAGAUGACGCAGUCCUGUUCUACUCAGUUAAUACCACCAGGGAGCGUGAAGAGUCAGUCUCAAAUGACAUCAAGAGGGUAACAGCUUGGUUUGCUGACAUGAAGCUCUCCCUCACCCUCAGAAGACCAAGGCAAUGCUGAUUGGCAACCCAGAAAAGCUGAGAUACACAGGCAAAAGUAUCACAAUAACAGACAGACAAAACAAUUAUGAAGAACUAAACACCAUAAAGUAAGGACAAAAGAACAUGAAGCCCACAAUGUGUCCAGCACACACAAACAUGGCCUUUUGUUGUCCGCAUUCCAUUGACUGGCUCUACCGGAGUUGGGAUGGAAUUUCCUCAUGUCUAGAAAAAAUAUGUCAGAGUAGGUGUCUAAAUGACUAAGAGUAACUGUGUUAUCACAAUACUGAAGUCAGCCAUGAGAGGGUGUGUAACUGAGUUGAACAGACUGUAUAUUCUCAUGUCACAUUUUUACACACACAGCUCUAAGACCAUUCAAUGUAGACUACAGGGUAAGGGGAGAGGUGUAAAAAUAUCCUCUUCAUUUGCUUAAAACUUAGGCCAAUAGUAAGCCUACUGUUGGUUGCCUCACAUCUCAAACAAACAAAAGCUCCAAACAUUACAACACAAUGUAAAAUUAGGAUAUUAUACAAUGUAUUUUAAAAACGUAGUGCCACCACUGUUUUCACAAGAGAAUUACAGGCAUAAGGAGUUGAAUUUGAGUGUUUUAGACAGACAUAUUUUUCCCAAUGAAUGGGACACAAUACAAACAAAACAAAAGAGAUGUGAAUGUAUAAACUGUGUGAAUGAAUAAAUUGCAACCAAGUUGAGUGGGAAAUCAUGUUGGGUUUUUAUUUUAGUGGAAUAUCCACACCUUGAAAUAAAGGAGUAGGCUACCUACCGUACUUACACACGCAUGCACACAUUUGAAACUGGGUAGUUGUCUGUGGUCCUGAAAAUAUUCCCUAUGGGGACAUAAGGACAUUAGGCUAUUGAACAAUCAACUAACACUUUAACAAAUAACUUUCCUAUGUUUGUUUUAAAAUUGGCAUGGAUGGUCUUACCACAGUCUACAGCAACCUGCAGGCAAAUAUCCCUGGCUAACUUAUUCGGUCAAGCAAGUAUUUAGGCAUAUAACUCAUCAUGACACAUGACACAUAAUCCCAAAGUGAUAUCAGCAGAGCAACGGUCAAAACGUCAAUUACUUUUUGGAUUACGUUGAAUAGAAAAGAGCAGCUGUUAAAGUCCGACCAAGUUAGUGAAGCGGAAAACACUGAUAUUUUGUUAUUGCAUUUGCGGCUCGUGUGCCCAACCCUGGUUGAGAAGGACUAUUGGCUCAGACCUCGCAUCGACCAUCUCUUGAGCCACCAGCCAAGGCACGCACAAAUAGAGAGAUUACACUCUGAAAGUAGAAUAUUUUAUAACCCAAUUAAAUCCAUGUUUAGAGUUGUCUGACCCACUGGCCUACCUCUCUUAUUGUGCAUUUAGGCCUGGAACUUUCUUGUGAAGGGCACUCUUUAGGGCUACAAGCUUUUCCCUUUAUGCCUAGAAUACGCUACAAGUGUUAAUGAAAAGUUAUACGUCUUCUACUACCCGAAAUCUCUAAUAAUAAUAGGCCUAUGUCAAUUGCCUAGGCUAUUAGGCUAAUCCAACAGUCAAAUCCAACAUUUGACCAAAACAAAUUCACACUGUAGGCCUAUAACCAACCUAAUCUAUCUCUCUGUCAUAACUCUAGGCCUUUAAUGGAAACAAAAUUCAGGUCUAUGCUGCUGGGUGAAAUAGGUUAGGGUGAAUGUGAGGAUGCUUCUUUCAUGGUACAUGCCUGCUAAUUGGGGUUAAUUUAUCCUGCGGGUGCAAACAGGUCCUUGCAGUCUCUGACUGGUGACAGAUGGUAGUUUUAUUUUCAGCCUCGAUAGGGAAGGCACCCAGAUGUCCGGUAAAUCUAAAUUGGAAACGUCACAUGAGGCUUGAGGCCUUUUGCCGGAGUCUUGGCUCGCCAUAUGGCACGUGUCGGAGAAAGGGGAGGUCAUUGAUCCCACCAUUGUCCACGCAGGGAUUUUACAAAGUGCAUCCAUAGGUGCACUACACCAUCAGUCAGCCUCAGCAUCAAUACUAUAAAACUGCAGCAUCCGAGGUUUGCAGACAGAUUGAAUCAGGACUUAUCAAAGAAUAUGGAACUCUUUUAACAACAUAAACUGCAUUAAAAGGUAAUUAUUUAUAGUUUCAGUUUUAAGAAUGUCUCCUGUCAGCUUUUUAUUACAUGUAGACUGCUAUUUGUGUUGGCUAUAAACAUUACUCUGCUAGUGUUUUUUUGUGUGGCUAACUGUGGAGUUUUAUAGCCUAUAUUUUUACACUUACUAGUACAUCGUACUGAGAAGUGGUUAUAGAGCUAUUCAACAUAAGGGUCAACUUGUUGUGUUAUAUAGGCCUAUUUAUGAAAACAAUAGCAAAGGCACUUUAUUAUGCGCAGGGAUGAUGCAUAAGGAUGAUAAUGAUGAAUGUAUCAGUGCCUCAUUCAGCCUACCAUGCCUCAUAACAUGAUUCAUUGCUUGCAUGGCUAUUUGGCAGGCAUUAAUAGUUGAAUCUGUCUAAGCUCAGAUCAUGCAGUUACAUAAUCAUACAUGGGAGUUAGGAUUACAUAGAGUUACACACAUUUGCCGCAGGUGUUUUGUAUCAGCAGUUUUGAACUAUUUAAGUAACUUUCUCCUUCUCUGCCCUGACAGACCGUCUAACACAGAGGACAACGCCAUGCCAGUGUCACAGCAGGAUGUUUCCAAAUGGACCGAGGAAUGCCGCGCCACUCAGAACAUGGAAACAGUAAACGGUGCGCACAAUACCAUGAGUAAUGACGAUGAUGAUGGAUUCAACAGAAUGGAAGAGAAUAAUGAUGAUGAGGAGCAGGGGGAAGAAGGAGGGUCGGGGGAAGAAGAGAGCCUUGAGGAGAGUCCUAAGAGGCAUGGUACCAAGAGGAAGAAAAUGACAAAAGCCCGACAACAGAGGUUUAAGGUCCGGCGCAUUAAGGCCAAUGAGCGAGAGAGAAACCGUAUGCACGGGCUCAAUGACGCGCUUGAGAGUUUGCGUAAAGUUGUACCUUGCUACUCUAAUACUCAGAAACUUUCCAAAAUAGAAACAUUGAGGUUGGCAAAAAAUUACAUAUGGGCUCUCUCUGAGAUCUUGCAAUCGGAUGAAAGUCCAGAGUUGAUGUUGUUUGUGCAAGCUCUAUGCCAAGGACUGUCCCAGCCCACCACCAAUCUAGUGGCAGGAUGUCUGCAGCUCAACCCCAGGACGUUUUUACCAGAGCAGGCCCAGGACAUCCUGUCUCAGGUGCACCAAACAUCGACUACAUCCUUCUCUUUGCACCCCUCCUAUCCUUACCCUAGCCCGCCGUAUGGUACCAUGGACAGCUCCCACAUCCACCACGCCAAGCCCCACACUGUCGACAAUGCCCUUGAGCCAUUCUUUGAAACUACAUUCACAGACUGUACCAGCACCAGCCCCCGGUUCGAGGGACCACUAAGUCCACCAUUGAGCGUGAAUGGGAACUUUUCCUACAAGCACAAGUCAAUGGCGGAGUUCGACAAGAGCUAUGCCCUUUCGAUACAAUAUGCAACUCAAGGUCUGGCGGGAGUACAAUGUCUUCAUCCGUUUUAUGCAAGCUCAUCACAGUGCUUUGAUAUUCCCAUGGACAACUUUAUGUCGUAUGAGACUCAUAAGGAGAGGAUGCUGAACGCUUAGCUCAAUGUCAUAUUCCAGAAAACAUGAAACCCAUGGACAAUGAAUGCACUUGUAAAUGAUUUAUGUAUUUAUUUAUGUGUUACUACCUUUACGGGUAGAAUUAUCUUUUUUGUAUGACAUAGAAUUAUACUCUUUCAUUCUUCUAUGCGAAAUUCUUGAUAGAAAGAGCAAAUGAAUGUGUAUUGCCCAACCCAAUCAUAUACCAAGAGCAAUAGUUUGGAUUCAUCAAAUAAUUGUUACAACAAACAAUAAUGGAAAUAAAAGCGUUUCUAUAUGUA